UGUUUGCUGUAACUGUUCUUCUUUGCCGAGCCGAAGAAGUGACAUGAUGACAGCCGUAAGCGAUGUUGCUGUUUCUAAAAUACAAUAAUGAUUUGUUUUUUAUGGCAAAAUUAUUCGGCAUUUAUUGCGAAUAACAAAAGCGUUUUUUUGGAAUACAUUUAUUUUUCGUAGUUCUUCGUCGCUUGCAUCUUUUACACACCGUGUAAUGUUUAUCUUUUAUUUGCGUUAGGACUCAAAGUCUUUGGGAUUAGCAAGUUUACGUUUCUGGUCAAGUUGUCUAAGCUAACAUGUCCAGACACAAGUCGAAAAAGCUCAUCAUUGAAGAUGAUGAGCCAAAGCAAGAUGAGCUGAAUCCAUUUUCGUUCAAGGAGUUUAUCCGAAACAAAAACCAGCCGUCAUGUUCCACAGAAGCCACAGAGGUGUACAAUGGUGCAUGCCUAGUCGAGCAGGACUAUAACACCUCUAUAGACUUUGCUACCAAGGGUCCUUUUUUCACUGAUCCCUCUGCACUCUGUCAGCCUCCUGAAAGUGAACCCGACGAGACAUGGAUUGAAAGCCACCAACGGUCAGCCAUUGAAGGUUCUCCUGACUUUGAACUAUGUGGGGCAUCAGACAUCAGUGCUUACUCUGAGCAGUCAUCUCUGUGCAGUGAUGAGAGAGAAGCGGCUGAAUGGGAACUGGGUCAGUCUGACUUCCUGCCAAAAAAGCACUUAUCCAGAAUCAGCACUGGAAGCUAUGAGGGGGAUGAAGAGACUUCAGUGAUUGAUAUUUCCUUCCAUCAUAAGAGAGGCAAUGCUGAAAAUGGCACAAAGAAUCUCCAGCAGCUCAGAGAAGAAAAUUCCCUUCUCAGAAAGCAAGUCAAAGAGCUAGUUAGAAUGUCGGAAACUGACUCUAGAAGGAUUAAACAACUCACAGAUGAGAUGCACAAUAAGAAGUUACAGGAAGAGAAAGAGGCAAAUGAUUUGGAAGCAAUGGUGCAGUCGGUAGAACAAAAUCUUCAGCUAAUGACGAAGCGGGCAGUAAAGGCUGAAAAUAAUAUUUCAAAAUUGAAACAAGAGAUGCUAAAACUCCAGGGCCAGCUUGAAGACUAUAAAAGUGAAAACGAAAGGCUGAGACUUGGAGAAACGGCAGCCUUAGCCACAAUGAGACACAAUGCGCAAGUGGCCUCUGAAUACCUCAACAAAGCAGCUCAAGAUGCAGAGAUCUCCAUCAAGCAGUUGCUGACUGGAAGAGAGACUUUCUGUUUAGUGUCUCAGUUAUUGUCAUCCAUUGACAAGAUCACUGAGAUUCAUGACUGAUGUGAAAAGUUUCCCCAACAUGCAAACAUCAUGUUUUUUUACACUAUAGAAUCACUGUACUGUGGUAUUCCACUAUUUGUUUCAUUCAUCUUCAUUGAUAUCAUGUUUAGAUAUUAUGAUUUUAUGACCAAAUUAAGCUCUAUAUUAUGAGCUUAAUCACACAGAUACUUCAGUAUGUCAAAUAGUGCCUUGAAUUCUGUCAUGAAAAUCAAAAGAUUUAUGAUAAAUGAUUUUUCAAAAACUUUUUGCACUUUUGUCUAAACAGUGAGUGAAGUUAAUCCUUUCUUUAGAUCUUUCUUUACACAUUAUUUGGAAGAUUUUGUUGAGUUUGAUGUAUGUAACACAUUUUUUAUAUUUUAUUUCUGCGUUGUUAAGUAAAAUCUUUGUUUAUUUUAAACAAAUUUAACUAAUCAACACUUGAUAAAGUGCCUUAUAUUGAUGAUGCCCUUCUCUUUAUUGACCCAAUAAAGAUGUUUGUUUUAA